UCAGAAUUUGAAAUUAAAAUCCAUUUGUAUCUACCUAUAAACUGUAUUCAUUCGUUUUUCCCUCAAUAUUUGAAAUUUUAGUUAAUUACUAUUUGUUAAGUGACAUCUGAUAGUUAAACCAUCAAAAUGGAUGAACUUAUUCAUCAAUUAAAUUAUGACUUCAAUAUACAAGUGUAUCUAUUCAACAAUGCCAUUGAAAACUUAAGCACACAUGAUAAGAACAUCGCCAUAGCGUGGGUAAACAAAUUGAAAUCGGCCGCGGGAUCGGUUCAUGAGGCUCGCGUACGAAAUGAUUUCCUAUACUAUCUGGUUAAAUCCUGUACAACAGGACAAUUAACGGCACCAUUCCGAGAGAAACCACCCAAGGGACCUUUGCUGAAUUUACUGAGCUUACUGCCGGACGAAGUCGGCGCCGGAAAAGAUUUAAAAGGAGGCGGAAAGAGAGCUGAAAUAUUUGAAAAGUCUCCUGACAAGGGGGCAUUUUUGGCCGCCCAACCUGUUCCACGCUGUGGUGCAUUUUGUUACCUAGCAGUAAUUAGUAAACCUCCUUAAAGCCAGGAUAGAUUGUCAUAGAAUGCAUGGAUGAAUAUGAUGAUAGUACGCUGUGGGACUUAAGUUUAAUGUGAUGAUAUGAACUAGGUUUUGGAUUGUGCAGAAAUUGUAAAACGACCCAAAAAUUGUACUGUAUAUAAGAUAAUAAACACAUUGAUUGUUGAA